AUGGUAAGCCCCAAGAAGAAAAGUUCAUCAUCAUCCAAAACUGUAGUAGGUAAGGCAUUACACAAGCUGAAAACCGCUUCGGAGUUAGAAUCUUCGAGGAAAUACAUCAGUUCUGCAGAGCAAGACAACAUCAGCUACUCGGGUACCAAGAAGAAGAAGAGCUCUGACGGCUCGAAGAGGAAGCGCAGCGGCUCCAUCAUUAACAGUAUCAAAAAUCCGUUCGCCGCCAAGGAUCAACUUUCGACUGAUCGAAAUACCCAGAGAACAGGAAAACACAGUGUUUCGUCAGACAAAAACGUACAGAGACUCCACAUCCCACGUUCCAGAUCUGCCUCCAGGGAGCGCUCCUCUUCCGCUCAAUCGACCUCUUCCUCCCGCAGACAGGAAAUGCAUCCUACCUUCGACCACGACGUGAGCGCCCUCGAAAAAGGCGAAUUCCAUCGCGAACAGAGUCCCCUCAUCACGGACCAUGCCGCCGAAUCGACUAACUACCAGUCUUUUGUCCAUGUGGAGCAGACUCCGGUAAUCACCCAGGGAUCCAUGCCCAUGACUCCAAUCCCACUACCCGGUCAGUACGGCGGCGAGCUCAUAGAACGCCCACGCCGCCGGCCCAGUCCGUUCAGCCUCUUCGUGGCACAUAUGUACGCCAAAUAUCCCACCUAUGUCACCGGCUUGGUGGUUAUUUUAAUGUUCGCGGGCAGUAUGUAUUCUAUCUCCACUGGAAAAGGCACACAAUACUUGACAUCCCUCAUGAAGGCCACGCUAUGUUGGUUGCUAGGGUCCAAUACAGCAAAUCUAAUUUUCGGAGAAGGCUUUUGUGAGUUUGACUUCCCACAGGAAGGAGCUACUGAACCCAACUAA